AAAAAGAAAAAAAAAAAAAGGUUCCCAAAUGAGAAAUGAGAUCUUUAAGUUGCAAGGACAGUGACAUCACAACUAGAUGCUUGGAAAACAUUCUCUGGUUAGAGUUGAUUUUCUAUUUUCCUCCUUCCUCUUCCCCCCCUCCCCCCGCGAAUCUGAGAAUGCAAGCAAAGCUUUGCCUUUCUCUUUAGUCUUCCAUACCUGUCACUUUAACUUUUGCCUUUCAUGCCCCCACUUCUCCUUCUCUUUCUCUCUCUUUCCUUUUUUCUUUCUGGUAGAUAAUCGAUUUUUCAAUUAAGCAUUAUAUAUGGUACUACUUGAGUGUGUCCUUCACCCUCUCUUUCUCUCUUUCUUGGGCUCUACUUUUUUGGAGGUCUAAAGACUUAUCCUUUCAAGAUUAUUACUGGGUAAUUGGUGCUCUGCAAUUCUUUAAUCAGUGACUUUUUUUUUGGAAGUCUGCAAUUUUUUCUCUUCUGAGGGGUCAAGUUUCAAGCAAUUUGGAUCCUCCACUGAAGCUGGGUGGACUCAUCGACACUGUAUUGAAGGUUUUAGGCCCUCAUGGAGACUGAUAAUGGGGAUAUGAAGUCGAAGAUGGAAGAUUAUGAAGUAAUAGAGCAGAUUGGGAGAGGAGCAUUCGGAGCUGCUUUUCUUGUGCUUCAUAAGAUCGAGAAAAAGAAGUUUGUGCUGAAGAAAAUUCGCUUGUCUAAGCAGACAGAGAAGUUCAAACGUACAGCACACCAAGAGAUGGACUUGAUUGCGAAGUUGAAUAACCCUUAUAUUGUGGAGUAUAAAGAUGCUUGGGUGGACAAGGGUGACUGUAUAUGCAUUGUGACUGGCUAUUGCGAAGGGGGAGAUAUGGCUGAUAAUAUAAAGAAGGCUAGAGGAACAUUUUUCUCAGAGGAGAAACUCUGCAAAUGGCUUACUCAAUUGCUAUUAGCUGUGGACUAUUUGCACUCCAAUCGUGUACUUCACAGAGAUCUGAAGUGCUCCAAUAUAUUCCUUACAAAGGACAAUGACAUUCGUCUUGGUGACUUUGGACUUGCAAAACUACUCAACACAGAAGAUCUUGCAUCUUCGGUUGUUGGAACCCCCAACUACAUGUGCCCUGAGCUCCUUGCAGACAUACCUUAUGGCUACAAAUCUGAUAUAUGGUCACUUGGUUGCUGUAUGUUUGAAAUUGCUGCACAUCAGCCUGCAUUUAGAGCUCCUGACAUGGCUGGGCUUAUCAAUAAAAUCAAUAGAUCUUCUAUUUCUCCCCUUCCAAUUGUGUAUUCUUCCACACUAAAGCAAAUUAUUAAGAGCAUGCUCAGGAAGAGUCCAGAGCAUAGACCCACAGCUGCAGAGUUAUUGAGGCAUCCGUAUUUACAACCAUACCUCCUUCAAUGCCGCAAUGCGUCUUCUGUUUUUCUUCCAGUAAAGCCGGUAAACAACUCGAAGGAUAAAACACCAAAAAAAACUGUGUCUAGCAGACCCAGCAGUGGCAAAGACAACAGAAACAAAGAAGUUGCAACAACAAACCAGUUGGAAAAGGUUCAUCCAUUGGAAAGCAACAUUGAUGUGAUGCCUAGGAAUGUGUCAAGUGAGGAUAAACCUUUAUUCACGGCUAGAUCUGAAGACAAGCUUGAGACUAAGAGGGUUGAUCCUACCAGUUAUACAAUUGAAUCAUCUAAUGCCACUGAUGAUUCCAAAGAUGGACCAACCGAUUCUGAAACAUCUGUUAGCAAUGGACAUAAACAAGCUGAAUUUACCAGUAUAGGUCCAAAGGAAAGCACGGAGUCUGAUGCUGAGGUUGCUUCAGAGAGCACACCAAACUCUCAGCAUAAAGAACAUGAAGAACCUGCUGCUAAAUAUUUUGAACAAGUACAAGAGGCGGAUAUCAAAAUAGUCAAUAUAGAAGAUGGGAAGCUGUCCUUCAACCAAGAAGUUGUGGAAGAAGCUGGAACAAAAGGAGAGGGUGGAGAAGAAGGGAAUUCCCAGGAAUUGGCAAUUUCCACUGUAGUCUGUACAGAUAAAGUCGGGUCUUCUGAUAACAAAUGUUCAUUAUCAGCCAAAUCUGAUGUAGAUCCUGGAUGUGAUUUGCAGAAGGAAAGUGUCGAUGUGUAUACCAAAGGAUCUCGUGCAGACAUUUUGUCAUCUGAAAAUAAUAAUGACAUGGUUCCAUGUAAAGAUGAACUAGGAUCAAAGGUAGAUGAAAUUAGUUGCUCCAUAAAAACAGAAAAAGAUGAUGCUCAUACAGUGAAUCAGGCUGCCAGUGACAACUCACUACUGAGUUCACUAACUGCGUUAGGUGGUGAUGAAUCCAAGGGUGAGUGGGAUCAACCAGGCCAGCAAAGAGCUGAUGCCCUUGAGUCUCUACUUGAGCUAUGUGCACGGCUUCUUAAACAGGACAAGCUCGAUGAGCUUGCUGGUGUACUAAGACCAUUUGGGGAAGAAACAGUGUCUUCAAGAGAGACUGCUAUCUGGUUGACAAAGAGCCUCAUGUCUGCCCAGAAAUCUCCUGGAGGAUCCUAAUUUUCCAGGACAUUGGCAAUAAUUUAUGCAAAAGAGUACAAAAUUGUAUGUUGUGACAUCUUAACAUAAAAUCAUUUUUCAUCUUGAGUGCUGUUUGAUUGAAGAUCAGAGACUUAAUAACAUAUAUUGCAGCUUGUAACUGAGAAAUUGGUUCUAGUGGAAAAUGAAUCAUAGUUUUUUUUUUUUUUUGGGUC